AUGGCGUCCCAAACAAAAAUUAUCUGCAUCCCUCAAGCGCUGCUAUCAUCAUCUAUGGGCGCACUCUGCCAACGAUAUAAAACUGCCCGCCUCCAAUUCGACGACACAGUCUGGGCUGAACGUCUCCAGAACCCACAGGCCAAAACAUUCGUUGUUGUUCGCACUGAAACAACAGGCGACACAGAAAUUAGCGCGAUAGAACAGCUAUCAGCAGAUGAAUGGCUGGGGAUGAUAGUACUCCUCGGGCCCAGAGCGCUGCCCGCGGACGGAUCCGAAUCCAAAACUCCAUGGAACUCUUUUAUGGCCGCAUCGAAUAUUAACCAAUCUCCAGAUCCGGCAACAAUUGCGGCCUCCGAGGCUGCUUAUGUAGCCUGUUCCAUGUUUGUUCUAGCGGAGGCACGGAGACAAGGCCUGGGACGCAAACUUGUCCAGGCAAGCGUUGAGGACGCGUGGGCGGAAGCUAUGUCUAUGCGCGCGCGACAAGGGCAAACCUAGGUCUCUGGGCGGAGGCGCAGAACGAAGCUGCUCGGAAAUUGUAUGAAGGGUGAAGGUUUAGGCUCCUUCCCAAUGACCCUGCAAUGGACGCUCUGGACAAUCCUCAGAUGGCAAUGGGAAAAUUUGUGGAGCUCAAGUCUGGUGGGGAGUCGAAUAAGGGAGUGCUCGGGGUCAAGCUUACUCCCCUAUUAUUAUUAUUUUAUUUUGCGAAAUUUUGACGGGGCGGAAUUUAUGGGGUGGAU